AGAGUGGAGGGGGAACUCGUCGGCCACAGGGACCUGGUGUCGGGCUUUUCAUUCUGUCAGCACGCAGGACAGAGUCACCUCUGCGUCAGCUCCUCCAAUGACGGGAAGAUCUGUUACUGGGACUCCAACAGCAAGAGUCUUUUGAGGGAGCACGCAGCUCAUCAGAGCCCUGUCUCAGCGGUGCACUGGUCCCCGGUGGAUAAGAACCUGGUGGUGUCGGGGGACGAGAAGGGCGUGGUCAUCUGUUACUGGUUCCACACAGGAGACACUUCCAGCUUCUUUCCUGAGCCCAGGACCAUCUUCUGCCUCAGCUGCUCCCCUCACACCUGGAACAUCGUGGCUGUCGGGUACAAGGACGGGAUGAUAGUUCUGAUUGAUGUGAGUAAGAAAGGCAUUGUGAUGCAGCGUCUGCGGGGACACGAUGAUGAGAUCCACUCACUGGCCUGGUCUCCGCUUCAUGGGGAGGACGCCCUCUAUAGCAGACCCGAGGACAGCGAAGCAACAAAUGGCGAGUCUGCGGGGGAGGAGAAAGGCUGCUAUCUUGCCUCUGGGAGCAAAGACCAGACUUUGAGGAUCUGGAGCACACUGAAGAGCAAAGGUGUGAUGACUCUGAAGCUGCCGUAUCUGAAGAAAAGAGGCUCAGCAGUCGACCCCGGGGUCAAAGAGAGACUCUGGUUAAAUGUCCACUGGCCGAAGGGACGACCGACACAACUGGUGUCCAGCUGCUUCAGUGGUGAGCUGGUGCUGUGGGACUUGACCAGGUCAGGGAAGCAGAGGUGGACACUGUUGGGGACGUCGUCCGAGGGUCAGAACCACAGCAGGAUCGUCUUCAACAUGAGUUCAGUUCACCUGCAGGACAACAGACAGCUGCUCAUCAGCACGUCCAUGGACAGAGAUAUUAAAUGCUGGGACCUGGACUCUCUGGACUGCUGCUGGACUCUUCCCACCCUGGGCGGGUUCGUCUACACCCUCACCUUCUCCCCUGUGGGUACAGGGUGUUUGGCGCUGGGUGUCGGUGACAGCAUGAUCCGGGUGUGGAACACGCUGACGACACAGAACCAGUACGACACCAGGGCGUUCUGGCAGGGCAUCAAGUCCAAGGUUACAGCGCUGGCGUGGCACCCGAAGAAAGAAGGCUCUUUGUCGUUUGGAACCGAUGAUGGUAAAGUUGGAAUCUACGAAGUCUACUCAAACAAGCCUCCGCAGAUAUCGAGCUCCUAUCACCGAAAAACAGUCUACACAUUGGCUUGGGGACCCCCAGUUCCCCCAAUGUCAUUUGGUGCAGACAGAGGAAAGUCGACCUACAGCCUUUACAGCUGCGCCGGCGAAGGUAUCAUCCUGCAGCACGACCCGUUGAAGCUGGGCGGAGAGGCGUCCGACAUAGAUAAGCUGAUCAGAAACACCAAUAACAUCAAGCACAAGCUGUCUCCGCACACCGACCUCAGCUGGAAGCCAGAUGGGAAAGUGGUUGCCAUCGGCAACGAGGACGGGUGCAUCGAUGUUUAUGAGGCUCCCAGUCUGAAGCUGCUGUGCAGCAUCCAGCAGCAUCACAAGAUCAUCAACACGCUGCAGUGGCACCACGACCACAGCUCUCCACCCGAGCUGCACUGCCUCCUGGCCUCGGGCUCCAGCAACGCCAUCGUCUACGUGCACGAUCUCCGCUCUAUCAUCGAGAAUCCUCCAGAGAGCCCUGUGGUUGUGACGGAGCCGUAUCGCAGGCUGUGUGGUCACACGGAUAAAGUCACCGACAUGGCCUGGAGUCCACACCACGAGGCGCGGCUGGUCACCGCCUCCUAUGACGGCACAGCCCAAGUGUGGGAUGUCCUGCAGGAGGAGGCGCUCUCUAACUACCGGGGUCACAAUGGUUACCUGCUGUCUGUGGACUGGUCGCCCGUCGACCCCGAUUUGAUCUGGACCGGAGGGAAGGACUUCACGGCGCAGGAGUGGAGAGUCUCCAAACAAACGUUUACAAAGCCACCUAAAGGGAAAAAGAUGUCGAAGCUGAAGGAAAAGAUGAAGGCCAAUCCCAAGCAGAAGAGGAAGAACAAGAAGACAUCAGGGGCCGGAGAGAUGAACGGGGGCCCGGUGGCAGAAGGAGAGAAGGCUGUGACGGGAGCGGAGCAGUCCGGUGAAGAUGAGGAAGAUGAAGGCAGCUCACGGAGCAGUCCUGUACCUCCAGCAGCUUCUUUUGAGAUGCAAAGAAAACCCUCUGCUGUGCCGAAGACCAAAGAAAAACCAGACACAAACCUGCUGAAGAAGAAGAAGCCUCGCUCCAUGCUUCCCAUCAGCACAUCCAUGGACCACCGUCCCAAAGAGGAGCUGCUGCAGGACUGCAUCACUCUGGCUUCUGUCCAACAUGACCAGGCGCCCCCUGCAGGCUGUGUCCCAGGACAGGGAGAGCACAUCCAUCUCGGCCUCUUCUCUGACAGACCGGCUCUGCACCGCAUGUUCCAGUCAGAAGAGGAGGGUCACGUGGAGGCGGGUCACUUCGACUCUGUAGUGUACCUGCGACUGUGGAGCGGAGACCUGGAGGGGGCGCUGCAGCUCGCCACAGAGAGAGGAGAGCUGAACGACCACCUGCUCUCCAUCGCUCCGAUGG